AUGGCUGACAAGCAGCAGCAGAGCGUUGCCGUCGAAGGCGGCAGCGGCGGCGGCGGCGGCGGCGGGCCACAACCGACCAUGACUGAGUACAAAAAGUCACAGGCGCGCGUGCGGGAGCUCGUCGAGAAGCGGCGGCUGCUAGAGAGACGACUGAACCAAGUCGAAGAGGGCAUCGCGCAAAAGGAGUCGGCGUACCUGGAGAACACGCUGAGCGGCAACAUCAUCACCGGCUUCGACAACUACAUGAAGGGCAUCGGCGGUGCGGCGGCGCAGCGGCGCAAGACGGGGCCGAUGGAGCAGAACCGCGUCUUCUCGCGGUCCUCCAUCUCCUACCGGCCCAACGUGAGCGAAUCGACGACGCCCGGAUCGACGCCCGGAUCGCACGCCCAGACACCCGUGUCCGCGUCGUUUUCCGGCUCGACGCCCACGGCGGCUGCCGGCGGCGGCGGCACGAAGAACGCCAAGAAGAAGAAGCAGCCGCUGCAGCAACAGCAGCAGCUGCAGCAGCAGGAGACGGAGGAUAGCGAGAACGACGCGCAGACGGGGAAGAAGCGUACGGCGUUUGGGGCGAGGAAGUAG